AUGUCGCUCCUAACUCCCGAUGAAAUACGCGGCCAGUUUGAGAGCGAUGACACCCGUCUAAUUGGUGAGGGGACACGCUUCAAGGUUGUCAAGGAUGGACAGGACUCAAGUGCAGCGAUGAAUCCGCCCAGUGUACUUCUACGCCUCAGAGACGUGGACUCAAGGGCAUUAGAUAAUAGAGACAGAAUGGAGAAUGAGAUACGAAAUAGGAUCACAAAUCAACGUUACCGUCUUCAUAACCUUAGUUUCGAUGUCGUGAAUGGUACGCUGAGGAAGUUUUGGGGGAACCAGAACGCCGUAAGGACUAUCAAUGAAUGGAAUGCCGCCAUCGUAGCAGCAGAAGCAGAACUUUCUACUAAGAACUGUGCCUGGUUCAAGGAGAUAAGGGGAAAGCCCCGGAGGUGGUUCUCGCAAGAAGCAUCGAAUGCCUAG